AACCACCUGAUGCUGCAGCCUAGUCUGGUCCCUCCACACACACACACACUCAAACACACACACACACACUCACAAACACACACACACACAAACGCACACAGAGGGGUAACAUGGCGUCAGACCCGCCCAUCUUGACAGAGCAGGAGGAGCUACACAGAAGAGCCAAUCAGGUCACAGAUGAGUCCCUGGAAAGCACAAGACGGAUGAUGCUGCUGGUGGAGGAGAGUAAAGACUCCGGUAUCAGAGCUUUGGUCAUGCUGGACGAACAAGGAGAGCAGCUGGAGCGUAUUGAGGAAGGCAUGGACACCGUCAACAGGGACAUGAGAGAGGCCGAGAAGAACCUGACAGACAUGGCCCAGUGCUGUGGUCUGUGCGCCUGGCCCAUCAGGAAACUCAAGGCCUUCGAGGAGAGCGGCGCGUACAAGGCUGUGUGGGGCGGAGCCUCGGGACAGGAUGGCGUCGUGUCCAAUCAGCCGCCGGCGUCACGAGUGGUCGACGAGAGGGAGCAAAUGAUCAUGAGCGGAGGACACAUACGGAGGGUGACGGACGACGCCCGGGAGGACGAGAUGGACGAGAACCUGGCUCAUGUCAGCAGCAUCAUGGGAAAUCUGAAGAAUAUGGCUCUGGACAUGGGCAGUGAGAUCAUCCAGCAGAACGACCAGAUCGACCGCAUUCAGGGAAAAGCCGUCCUCAACGUGUCCCGCAUCGAAGCUGCCAACCAGAAAGCCAACAACCUCAUGAAGCGAUAGAGGAGGCGUCGCCCUUUUCUCUCUUUCCAGUUCCUCCUGCUCGCAGUUCGAUAUCCUCCCGCUGCUCCAACGUGCCGCCGCUGUUCUUCUCUUUCAACGUCACCAUGGAGCUAUCGUGUGACAUUAUUGCUUUUGUAUUCAUAGAGACUCAUUUAUUCUCAUUAGUGUUUCUCUUUAUUCUGAAUAUAUCUAAAUCAUAUCUGACAGGAGUUAAGGUUUCAGCAUCUUUCAUGGCUCUGUACAAAUAUACUUCAUUAUUGUACUUACGUCGAUUUUUUUCUUUUACUCAACAUUUCCAAAACAUGUCCAGAUUUUCUCCUCCUCACAUUUGAAAAACAGACUCGUAACUUUGAUGCAUUUGAAGGAAAUUAUUCAUCUUUGUUAUUCUGCCUCAUCGAGCGUCGCCUUCCCAACAUCAAGUCAGACUCCAGGAGAGAAGAGGAUCAAGUGUCCAUGAUGAAACCAGAGGACGUGUCACACGUCUGUCUUCUUCUCUGGACUAUUGAUGUUUCUCAUGUGGUUUAAGUGUAAUUAUCGUUAAUUAACUAAUGUAACUUGAGUCUGAGCACGGAGUCAGUCGAUAGAGAAACUUUUUACUUUUAUACUUUGAGUACAUUUCCGAGCCUGAACUUUUACUGGAGUAAAGAGGUUGAAUCAGUA